AUGGCAAAACGAGAAGAAGACAGCAGAGAGGACCUCAUCCUCAAUACUGCCAUCGACGUCAAACACUCACGGUCGGCGUCACCCUCUGCUGAGGACGUGGCUGAGGGCUCAGACCAGCUGUUGUCGAGGAAGAGAGAGCGGGAGGUGUCUCUUGAGCCAGCUACGCCCAGAGCAGCUGCCACCGCUUCUUCGCCGCACGCGCCAGAGAGCAAGGAGAGCCGCAUGUCCCCUGCGAAGAAGGGCCGCGUGCAGCUGGAUACGACCGUCGAGGAGGACGAUGCGCAACAACGCUCCAGGACGCCCUCCCACCCGCACUCGCCUCCCCUGAGCGUCUCCCCCCCGCACGAAGUCAAGGUGCGGCAGAUCAGUCAGGGUGUGGAAGAUAUCAGUUGGCGGCAGAAGUUGACUGGCGCUGCUGGUGCUGCUCUUUCUUCACAGGAACGCGAUACCGAUCACGAUGUCGACAGCGGCGGGGACGACGGUGUCGCUCGCGCUGCGUCUGGAGAGGACGAUAUGGUGCAAGGUGAAGGCGACGAUAAGGACGGUGAGGUGGGUGUGGGCGCGGGGGCUGUGCUUGGUGGGGCUGGAUGUUGGGGAGCGGGAGGGAGUGGGGGUGAAGACGCUUCGGGCGAGUAUCGCGACCGCGAGCCUGAGCACGAGCCCGACCGCGAAGCCACCUUUGGCGAAAAGCUGCGCGCGGAGAGGGACGGGGACGAAGGGAGGGAGGAGGAAGAGGACGGGAAGGUGAUGUUGACUGAGCAGAGCGUGCAGACGGGGGAGGAGGAGGAGGAGACGGUGCAUCAGAACCAGUGGAGGGAGCGGGGGACGGGGACGUUGAAGCUGAAUGUGAGGCAGUCGGAUGGGGGUGGGGCGAGGCUUGUGAUGAGGAAGGAAGCGGUGUAUACGGUGAUAUUGAAUGUGACGCUGUUCUCGGGGAUGAAGUGUUUCAUUGCGCAGGACCCGCGAUAUCUCCGGUUUAGCGUGAUCGAGGACGGGGCUACGACGCAUUAUAAUCUGAGGGUCUCCAAUGCGAAAAUGGCGCAAGAGCUGUUGGAAGAGAUCAAUUUGAACAUUCCAGCUGCAUAACACGCGUUCGUAAAGUCGUUUACUAAAAAUGCGAUAAGGAGGGGCGGAUGGGGGUGAUUAGAGU